UUUACUUGUGGUUUACUUAUAAGAAGAUCAGAGAGAGAGAGAGAAUUGAUUGAUGAUCGAUCUCGAGGUGAGUGAGUAAGUAGGAGGAUCGGAGCUAGCUAGCUAGCUAGGAGGAUGGAAGAUGAUCAAAGAAGGAAGGAAGGAGAGGAAAGCGGGGGGGCGGUUUUGCCGGGUUUCAGGUUUCAUCCGACAGACGAAGAGCUGGUCGGGUUUUACUUGAAGAAGAAGGUUCUAGACAAACCUCUCUCCAUUGAGCUCAUCAAGCAGCUUGACAUCUACAAAUAUGAUCCUUGGGAUCUUCCUAAAUUGGCGGGAACAGGAGAGAAAGAAUGGUACUUUUACUGCCCGAGGGACAGGAAGUACAGGAACAGCGUGAGGCCGAACCGGGUGACCAAGGACGGGUUUUGGAAGGCGACCGGAACCGACCGGCCGAUCUACUCUUCGAGCGACGACUCGAAAUGCAUCGGGCUGAAGAAAUCGCUGGUUUUCUACCGAGGGCGCGCCGCCAAAGGGAGUAAAACUGAUUGGAUGAUGCACGAGUUCCGGCUGCCGCCGCUCUCCGGCGACCUUCCCUCCCACAAGAGGGAAGCAUGGGCAAUAUGUAGGAUAUUCAAGAAAGUAAACCCCAAUGUAACAAGGGCACUAUCUCAACAAUGGGCUGCAUUUUCACCUGCAACUCCCCAAAAUACCCUCCAUGAAUUGCAAACCCUAGAGGACCACAACAACAACAUUAACCAUGAUGAUGAUCCCCCUCCCACCCUCUUGUUCCAUUGCGCCACCACCAACACCGGCGUCAAAUGCUCGCCGGAGAUCCCCUCCGCCGCUCACCCCCUCCCCCACGAGGGCCCCUCCUCCGCCGCCAGCUACAGUGCACUAUUCCAUUCAUCCCCAUUCACACAUUACUUCAACAACCAAACACUCCCUUCUUACCCCAUCAUCACCCACACCAACACAACUACUAAUGACCCCUCCUCCUUGUUCCUAGAGUUGACGAGUCAUGCCUGCGGCGGCGGGAUGAUCGGCAACCAGCUCCCGGUGGCGGUGCCGCCUGAGAAUGACGUGGCGGAGGGGAAAAUGCCGGUGGCGGGGGGGAAGGAAUCCUCAUCACCAAAUAUAAUUGAUGAGUCCAUCAGGAUCUGGCAAGAAACCCCGCAUGGGUUUGUCCGCAUGGCGCAUGCGUCAGAUGUUGCCUCCGCAUUAAAUGAUCGUACAACCGUCAUAAUUUGCAGUUGGUCACCGAGUUGAUGACCCAACCUCGAGCGGGUCUUGUUCGGUAGUAGUUGAGUGAAUGCAUAGUGAUGAUCUUCCCAAGCCUUGCCCGACCUCGAGGGUCCGUCGAGUCUAGGCGCGCUCGGUCCCGAAGAUUGGUCGGGUCAGAGCUUGAGAGAGGCGCGCCUGGUGAGGGCUUCAUGGGCCGCCUGGACUUCUUCGCCAUGGUCCCUUGUCCUACAUCGGGUGGGCCUUUAUCCCACCACAUACCAUCCCUCGGAUUCAUUUGAAAUCUAUGGGCGAAACAAAUGUAAAACGGAUUAAAUUCAGUGUAGUUAU